ACCAAAAAGCCCUAACUCUGACACAGCAUUACAUACCAGACCUCGAAAGCUCUCUCAUCAGACUUAGCCCUCCUCUACCAUCCCAAACCUACGGCGGCGAUGGGUUGCUUCACCGUCCUCAUCCCCAUCGUCUGCCCAUGAAAUUCAAAAUUCCUCCCAUACCCCUCAACUCCUCCCGAAAUUCCUGCUUCCCCACUUUCAAAUCUCUCAUGGCCUCUUCUAUCACUCAAACCCAAACCCUAACCAUCCAACCCGACCCGGAAGACGACCUCCUCUGCUCCGACCAACAACAACAGUUACUUAUUUCUUCGUCUGACACGUCGCCGUUUAGCUUGGGCUCACUGACACGGUGCUUGACCGGAGAGUCCCACAUCGACCGGGCAUGGGCUCACUGGUUGAAACUGGGUCGACCCAAAUUGAUAGUUGCCCCGAUGGUCGACAAUUCGGAGCUUCCCUUUCGAAUGCUUUGCCGAAAGUACGGUGCCGAGGCAGCUUAUACGCCCAUGUUGCACUCUCGCAUUUUUACCGAGACUGAAAAGUACCGUGACCAGGAAUUUACCACUUGCAAGGAGGAUCGGCCAUUGUUUGUCCAAUUUUGUGCGAAUGACCCGGACAUCUUAUUAGAGGCUGCAAGGAGAGUGGAACCUUUUUGUGACUAUGUUGACAUCAAUUUGGGGUGUCCUCAGCGUAUUGCCAAGAGGGGAAAUUAUGGAGCUUUCCUUAUGGAUAAUCUUCCACUUGUAAAAUCUCUAGUACAAAAAUUGGCUCUCAACCUUCAAGUUCCUGUGUCAUGCAAAAUCCGUUUAUUCCCAGAUUUGCAAGUUACAAUCAACUAUGCUAAGAUGCUAGAGGAAGCAGGUUGCUCUCUUUUAGCUGUCCAUGGCCGAACAAGAGAUGAGAAAGAUGGGAAAAAAAUUCGGGCUGACUGGAAUGCUAUCAGAGCUGUGAAAGAUGCACUCAGAAUCCCAGUCCUUGCAAAUGGGAACAUUCGCCACAUCAAUGAUGUUCAGAAUUGUUUGGAAGAGACUGGUGCUGAAGGGGUGCUUUCUGCUGAGUCUCUUCUUGAGAAUCCAGCUCUUUUUGCUGGCUAUCGAACUGGUGAAUGGGUAUUGGGCAGCGAAGGAAGCGAUAAAGUAGGAAAACUGGACCAGACAGAUCUACUGGUGGAAUAUUUGAAGCUUUGUGAAAGAUACCCUGUGCCAUGGAGAAUGAUUCGUGCUCAUGUGCAUAGGAUGUUAGGAGACUGGUUCAGGUUGCAUCCGCAUGUGAGAGAGGAUUUCAAUGCCCAAUCCAAACUGACCUUUGAAUUUCUUUAUAACAUGGUUGACCGGCUUAGGGAGCUUGGCACAAAAAUGCCACUUUAUACAAAGGAUUCUCACGAAGAUAGAGUUCUGGCGAAUGGAUUAGCAACCGGAAAUGUAUGAUGCGAGUUACGAGGUUGAAGGUCCCCAAAUUUUGGACUCAUUGCAAAAUGGUAACCAUCAAUCUGGUUCAUUGUUAAUUUUAUGAUUUUUGUCAUUAUUUUUUCACAUAAAAAGUUUACAAUUGUUGAUGUCUUGAUUAUUGCUGCAAUGCUGAUGCUGAGGAAUUCCGAAAGUAUACUAGCAUAGAAAAUGCUUCCUAAUUCUAGGUCUUCUUCUUUUUAGGGUAGAGUUAUUGUAUCGUGACUGAGGUCAUCCAUGUUGUAUCAAAUUCCCUUCAUUGGGAAAAUAAAUUUUUUUGCAGAUUUAAUGAUUUUGAAGCAUUCAUCUUUUCCAAGUGCAAAAAAGACUUGUACUUAAUUUAGGUUCAGUAUUUGUAUGAUGAACUUUUUAAUUGUAAUUGUUAAGUUUCUUGGUUCAUUUGUAAUUUU